AGUAAUUAAUGAGUUAUGAAUAUUUUAAUUCAAUUAAAAGUUUUAAAUUUUUUAUUUAUCCUUGUUCUGGUGUCAGCUGUUAUGUAUAAGAAAGAUUGGAUUUAUGAAUUGAAUGAAGUCAAUACGAAAAGUUCAAAUCCAGAUUUAUUUAAUGUUAAUGUUAUUGUAGAACGUGUUAAACGUGGUGUUUUUGCUAUGUCGGGAGAAUUUUAUGUGAAUAUCGAUAUAACCGAGGGCGAUGGAAAUGAUGUGGAACUUAAAUCAUUUCGCAGUGCCAAUGGUGAUGGUAAUUAUAAAAGUAUACCCUUGGAAAUGUCACGACGUCACUUCUUUGAAGCUCUUAAUAGUCAUUAUAAAAACGUGGUUAUGGAGACAUUUAAGGAUUGUUCCGAUUUGCCGUAUUUUGAGGAUAAAUUUACACCUCCAUUGGAAAAGAAAGCCUAUAAAUUAGAUAAAUGUAUAUUUUCUCAGGACGGUUUGCCUAAUCAUAUGGAAACGGGUGUUUAUAAGGUUAUUUUAUCGGGUACUGGUGAUGUUGAGUGGGAAGUUGAGGUGAUUUUUGAAAUUCAAUUGGAUUUAUAAGAGAAUUUUCAUUCAUUGCAGAAUAACAGAGAAAUAAAAAAAGAAAGCAAUUUUUAAUUUUA